GUAUUUUGUUUUAAAUAUAGUGUAUUGGAGCAACAUGUAUAUUCGAAUAACAAUUAAAAUUCGUUGAUUAUUAUGAUUAAAUCUUAUCAGCCGAAGUAAUUGAUAAAAUUAAUAUUAUACUGUAAUCCACUUUUAUAGAAAUCUUGUUCGUCAAGUAGCAUAAGUUUGACAGUCUCGCACUAAUAUGUGGCAUAUAAUGAAUGAUAUUUAUAAUUUUUAUUAACCAAGAGAAGCAGCUAGCAAUAUGAGGAUAAGAAGAUUGUCUGCCCUAUUUUGGGCGACAUGUAUUAUAGCAUUUAUAUUUAUUCUAUAUGUGGUAACAGAUCUCAGUUUUAAAUUGCCUAGUAUAAAGCCUGCAAUGGUGGAUCUUGAAGAUAACAAAUGGUCUUCAUUUGAAUCAAAACUGCGUAAUAUUGAAAAUGAACUAAACCAGCAUCACGCAGUGGUCGGAGAGAUUAAAAGUGCAAUGGAUCAGAUUGUUGAGCAAUCCCAGGAGUUUCAUUCACCACAAAUAAGACCUAAACCUGUACAUAAAGAAAUUAAAAUCAGAGAAUUUAAGGUUGUUGGCGAUGAGCCACCAAGGAUGCAUCGAAAAAUAAACAUGUCAUACUGCCCUAUUUUUCAAACAUCAUCUAAAACUGAUAUUCAGAUGCUUUCAAUGUAUGACAGAAUAAUGUUUGAUGAUGUUGACGGCGGAGUGUGGAAGCAAGGGUGGAACAUAGAGUAUAAAGAUAAUCAGUGGAGUAGUAAAAACAAGUUGAAGGUCUUCAUAGUGCCACAUUCUCACAAUGAUCCUGGAUGGAUCAAGACAUUUGAAAACUACUACAAGACUCAAACAAAGGCUAUAUUCACAAAUAUGGUGGAAAAACUCAAAGAAAAUGUUGGAAGGAAAUUUAUUUGGGCAGAAACUAGUUAUCUUUCAUUGUGGUGGACAUCUGAUGCCACAGAUAAGGAAAAGACAGUGUUUCAAAACUUACUGAAAUCAGGACAAAUUGAAAUUGUGACUGGUGGAUGGGUUAUGAAUGAUGAAGCAAAUGCCCACUGGGUAUCCAUUGCCCAACAACUCACAACAGGACAUCAAUGGCUAAUUGAUAAUCUUGGUUACAUACCCAAAAAUGGUUGGGCAAUCGACCCCUUUGGGCAUUCUAGCAGUCAGCCAUACUUAUUGAAGUUGACUGGCCUAGAAAAUUCUGUUAUACAAAGAGUACAUUACAGAGUAAAAAAAGAACUUGCUUUGAAUAGACAAUUGGAGUUUAAAUGGAGGCAGAUGUGGGAUGGUGUUGGAAAAACCGACAUGUUCACCCAUAUGAUGCCUUUCUAUUCCUAUGAUAUACCUCAUACUUGUGGACCGGACCCUAAGAUCUGCUGUCAGUUCGAUUUUAAAAGAUUACCCGGCAAUGGGGUCACUUGCCCCUGGGGAUUACCACCCAGGAAAAUUGUCCAGAAAAAUAUUGAUGAAAGAUCUUUUAUGAUCUUGGAUCAAUGGCGUAAAAAGGCACAACUGUACCGUAGUAAUGUAGUCCUCGUACCAUUAGGUGACGACUUCCGCUACGAUAGAGCGAACGAAUGGGACAAUCAGUACCAGAACUAUGAAAUGAUCAUUGAUUAUAUAAACAGCAACGACGCGUGGAAUGCUGAGGUACAAUUUGGCACGCUCCAAGACUACUUUAAGGCGGUUCACGAAGAGAUCAAGUCGUCCGACUUCCCGGUGUUGACGGGCGACUUCUUCACAUACGCCGACCGGAACCAACACUACUGGAGCGGGUACUACACGUCACGACCGUUCUACAAAAAUAUGGACCGAGUGCUGCUGGCGUACGUCAGGGCGGCGGAGAUCAUCACGGCGCAGGCGAGCUCGUCGCGCUCCGUGAGCUACAUCACGGCGCUGCAGCUGCGCGACCGCGUGGAGCAGGCGCGCCGCGCGCUGGCGCUGUUCCAGCACCACGACGGCGUCACGGGCACGGCGCGCGACGACGUGCGCGACGACUACGCGCGCAAAAUGCUAACAGCCAUCAAAUACAGCCAAUCGGCGAUCCAGCAAGCGGCAUACUAUCUUCUCAAGCAACCUGCGAUCCAGGAUCAGACGCAGGAAGACGUAUACUUCGACGUGGAUGACAUCUGGCGGAAGCAUGACGAGAUACCGUCCCGGAUAACUAUCGCUUUAGAUCUGAUGUCGCCCUCGAGGCGGCUGUUGUUUUAUAACGCUUUGACGUUUAAAAGACACGAAAUUGUGACCGUACUCGUGUCUUCGCCGCACGUCGAGGUCUUCGACCCGGACGGCAGCCCGAUAAUGGCUCAAAUAUCCCCCGUGGUAGCCGGAGAGAAGCGUCUCGGGUUCGCAGCGAACAAAUUUCAGUUGUCCUUCCCAGUGGUCGUGGACUCGCUGGCGAUCACCGUGUACACCGUGUCGCUGCGAGAUCAAAUGGCUAUUAAUAAGUACACGUCGUACUCGCGCGUGCGCGUGUACAACGCGGACUACUGGUCGGUGGAGCUGCCCAAGAUGUUCGCGGUGGAGCAGCCGGCGGCGCGGCUGGCCGCCGACGUGUCGCUGCGCGCCGGCAACGGCUCGCGGGUCGUCGCCACCGCCGGCGGGCUGCUCAAGGCCGUCGUCACGCCGGCCGGACACACCGUGCCCGUGCACAUGGACUUUGUUCAAUACGACACUCAAAAAGCUCAAGAUAACAACAGUGGAGCGUACCUGUUCAUACCGGACGGACCGGCGACGCCCUUCAAAUCCGAUCCGUUCCCGGAGAUUGUGAUCACGGAGGGACCGUUCAAAGCCACGCUAUACUCAGGACUAGUGGGGCCUAAAGCUGCAGAAAUAUUACUUGCGAUAUCAGUGUACAACAACCCGUCGCUGCCGCACGGGGAGCUGGAGAUCAGCAACACGCUGCUGAUCGACCCGCAGGUGGACGAUCUCGAGCUCGCGAUGCGUUUCUCCACCCCCAUCAAGAACGGAGACGUCUUUUACACGGAUCUCAAUGGAAUGCAAAUGAUAAAGCGACGGUACUUCGAGAAGAUCCCGCUGCAGGCGAACUUCUACCCGCUGCCGGCGGCCGCCUUCCUGCAGGACGAGAGCACCAGACUGUCGCUGCUCACCUCCACGCCGCUCGGGGUGGCCGCGCUCCGGCCCGGGCAGAUUGAGGUGAUGCAGGACCGCCGCCUCAGCCGCGACGACAACCGCGGCCUCAACCAGGGCGUGCUGGACAACGUGCGCACCCGCCACACCUUCCGCCUGCUGCUCGAGCGCGUCGGACACGUCUGCGCGUCGAAAUCUCCCGAGCAUUCAAGCGAGUUUCUCACACUGGGGGCGCACGUGUCGCAGCAGAUGUUGAUGCAGCCGCUGGUCACGAUGCACUACACCGCCAACGAGAACUCGCCUCGACCGGCGUAUUCUCGCUCCCUCGUCAACGCUCCGGACGUUGUAUUGGCUGCAUUCCAUUCUCAUAUAACGGCUAAAAACAAAGAUGGCGCUACACACCACGGAAUGGGUAUGACAUUCCAGCGAGUACAUUUGGACACUUGUUACGGCAACAAGGCGGUCGAGAAGUGGUAUCCUCUUAGCGAAGGACAGAUAACAUUGACAGAUAUGGUUGACGUCCAGCAAGACCAGAUAUUCGACAGCUCCUUGACUUUCGUCCACGUACGGAACCCGGUACCAGAAGCUUUUAUCGCGUUGUGUCCGAUGGAAAUACGCUCAGUCUUCAUCAAUCAAACGUUAAAACGCAUCUAAGACUAUAUUAGUAUAAAAGAAUUAAUAAAUUCAAGGAAUUAAAUGUAAAUUAUUGUAUCAAAUUUGUACACAACAACAAAAUUAUGGAGGUUAUCCUCUAAACUGUUUAUUGAAAAACGUAAAUCCACGUCCGUUGUUUAAAGUAUGUGCUUAUAUAAAUUUAGAAAAUGUUACUUAUUGUUGACGUUUUUUUGGGAAUGUGCUUAAUAAUAUAACAUAGCACCGAGUAGUGCUGUGUAUAGCGACUUAAAUCAAUUUACAAAUAUUACUACUAGAUCAAUCAAUGUUUACAAAUGUGUCUGUACAUGUGGUAUAGAAAUACCUUGUUACGUCUUCUGUAAUACUACGUGUAUUAAUAACGCACAAUAAUUCAAAUAUUCUCUUCAAUUAUCCACUUAAUAAUACAUUAGUAAUAUA